AUUCAUUUCGCGUCAAACAUAAAACCACCAGGCCGUAUGUAUGAAACUUAUAAACCAGCAGGGUAUCUUUGCUUGUGUGUAUUUGUUUUAUUGCUAACAACUCUCUCUCUCUCUCGAGCCCUCUUCUUUCUUUUGGUUUACAAGGGAGAGCAAAAAUUAACUAAAGCUCAGAUGUUUCAACAACUCCACUAUUCUCUUAUACUUCAUCAAUUAAUUUGAGUUCGGCUAACACAUAUCGUUAUAAUAUCGCCAUUUUUGACAUCACCUUUAAUUUGCCCCUCCCUCUCUGUAUUUCCAAAAUUUGAUCCUGUUAGGUAUGGAGUUGGAAUGGCUAAUAAAAGAGUUUGGUAACGGUAUGAUCAAACCGCUGCUGGCCCUAUCCGGGUCGAUGAUGGGAAUGGUGUUGAUGCAGUGGCAGAAGACGGGUUUGGUCAGAGAAACCGCAUUGACACUGGUCAGAUUUGUGGUUCAGCUGUUGGCCAUUUGGAUCUGUACUUCACUUCCUAUUCAGCUUACAAAACAGCCUCUUCAUCCUGAUUUUAUAUCCUCUCAUGGUUUGCGCUGGUGGUUACACUGCCGGGCAGCGAGCCGAGCACGUGCCAGGGGGAAAGUACGUGGCAGGAGUGUCCAUCUUGGCAGGAACUUCAGGGCCAAUGUUAUUCUUAGUUGUGCUAAACAUAAUCCCUCUCGCCCCAACCUAUGUCAUCCCGAUUGCGGGAAUGCUAGUUGGAUACUCAAUGAAGGUCAUUGGGGUUACACUGAAAAGACUCAGGGAGGAUAUCAAGAUGCAAAGAACCCUGGUAGAAACAGCGUUAGCACUUGGGGCAACUCCGCGUCAGGCCACGAUGCAACAGGUGAAGAGGUCCGUGACAAUUGCCCUUUCUCCGGCACUGGACUCUGCCAAGACACUAGGCAUUGUGACGUUCCCGGGCGCAAUGACGGGGCUUCUGCUGGGAGGGGCGUCGCCUAUGGAGGUGAUUCGCCUCCAACUUGUGAUCAUCAACAUGCUUAUGGCAACUGCUGCAUUCAGUAGUAUCGUAUCAACCUAUCUAAGUAGGCCGAUUUUGUUUACGGCGGCAUAUCAACUGCAGGACAAUGUUUUCAGUUCGGAUAAAUGAAAGUUUUUCCCUUAUAAUUAAACUACUAGGUAGAGGGACCACAAUAUUUACGUCAUAAAUG